UUUAGAUGUGUUUAUUCCACCUACAAAGAUUGAACCACAUUCAGAUGAUGAUGAUCUUGAUCUUCCUACUCUCGCCGAAUCAUUAAAAGCUAUUUCAAGUUCAUUCAUGUCUUCUACUAAAAUUGAUCAAUUAAUGACGGAAUUGGCUCUUGCUCAAGAAGAGGAUCCUGGAUGUAAAACGAUUGUUUUCUCACAAUGGACUUCAAUGUUGGAUUUAGUCGAAACACCUAUUAAAUCAUAUGAUGGUACCAUGGAUGUUAAGGAGCGUGAAAAUUCUUUACAAAAAUUGAUGCACGACGCUGAAAUUACAAUAAUGCUUGUUUCAUUAAAAGCUG